AUGGCCGUUUUGACGGCUAGUAUGGUUUUAUAUGGCCGAUGCGAUGUCAAAGUAGUUCAAAAUGCUUUGACGCGGGAACACGCGCACACCGGAGUCUCGGAAGCCGACGCAGCCGUGCCGGGCUGUGUAACGCCCUAUUCUUCGGGGAUAGAGUUGAAAAUGGCGCGGCAGCCCACCGUCGAUUCGGAGACCCGCAGCCGUGCCACGCUACGUAACGCAAAUUGGGCCUUAAGCUUCGGGGAUAGAGUUGAAAGUGGCGCGGCAUGGGACCCACCGUCACUUGGAAGACUCGCAGCCGUGCCAAGCUACGUAACGCAAAUUGGGCCU